AUGAUCAAUACCAUCAACAUAGUCUCUCUCAGUCAACUUCUGAAUAACAUCCACUUGUCACAAUCUCACAUUGAUGAAGCAGCCCGCUUCUACAUUAGACAUAGCAAUGAUCAAAACUCUUAAUAUUCUCUUUGCGAAGAGUGGUCCAACCAUUUUCACUUUGCUAAAGGAAAUGUGGAUGGAGAUAAAGUUAUCGUAUCCUUACUCUACAUGGCACAAAGAGUAGUGGAAUCUGUCAUCAGAUUCCAAGGAUCAUGUAAAUUUUAAUCAUAUUUUCAGACACUUCAAUGAGUGAUGCAUUAAAAAAAUAAAUUAUCAAAGCCUUAGGUUUACUCUAAGAUUACAAUUGGACUCAAGAACUAAAAUCAUAAGUCAAAGACUUAAUAAAAUAAUGGGAUGAAAAACAAUUAUUCACAAAACCAGAAGUCUAAAGCAUGCUUGAAACUAUUGAACCAUCUAAAACACAAAAAGAGAAAUUCAAAAAUCAGUUUGCCCCAUCUCUGUUCCUUGUUAAUUUUGCUAAAAACUAUAAAGUAUAUAAAUUUCGAACUACUUUUCAGGAACUAUAAAUUCGAUUGUAAUAAACCAAUGAAUAUCAAUUAAGACUGGAUGAACUAAUUAAUUGUGGAGCUUAAGACAAAUUGAAUUUGUAUGAUUCCUUGCUAGAACAAUAUUCUAAAUCAGUUGAAAGUGUUCUAAAAUAUAGAAAAUUAGUUAUCAAGGAUAUUCUAGAUAAAUUAAAAGAUUUAGAUAAAACCCAUUCAAAAAGUUUAAUUGAUAUGAAAUAUCUUGUAUUAAGAAUCUAGGAAUUGAGGAGUAGAAAGGAGAAGAGGAUCCAAAAUGAAUACUAUAGUGAAUGA